AUGCUCGCCCUGCUCCUCCCUCUACUCGUCAUCUUCAAUGUCUUGGUAUCCUACUUUCGUAACCCCCUCCGUAGGAUUCCUGCCGCACAUCCUCUUGCGCCUUUCACGUCGCUCUGGAUGCACUCUGUUCGCUGGCGCGGUAUCGAAUCCCGCACGCUAAAAGCAGCCCACGCUCGUCUUGGGCCAAUCAUAUGUCUUGGCCCAAAAGAAGUCAGUGUAAACUGCGUUCAGGGAGGGAUUCGCGAUGUGUACGCGGGAGGGUUUGAAAAGGGUGACGGGAAGUGGAAUUGGUAUUCGUUCUUUGGGAAUUACGGAGGGAUCAACAACAUGUUCUCUACUGGCGGCAAUAAACCUCAUGCUGGGCGAAAAAGGAUGUUGAGCAAUAUCUACAGCAAGUCAGUCGUCACUGCGUCGCCUGUUCUGCUCGCUCAGUUGUCAUCCAUCAUUUACGAACGCUUCUUGCCAUGUCUGGAUGCUACGCUAUCCGGUGAGAACGCAGGAGUGUUGGAUAUCUACUCAUUUCUCAGUGCAUCGACUAUGGACAUUGUCACAGGAUACAUCUUUGGACUGAAAGCUAGUUCCAAUCUCAUCCGCGAUUCCAAGCAACUGGUCUGGUUUCUGGAUUUGUAUAAUUCGCGACGGUCGUUCAACUUCUGGCCGCAGGAGUUUCCAGAGCUGACUGGGCUUUUGGAGAAGUGGCUUAAAUACAGACUCGUGCCGAAGUGGGUUGGCGAAGCAAACAAUGAGAUUGAGACAUGGACAAAGAAAAUGUGCGACAGCGCUGCUGGCGUAUUAUUAGCAGACGAAGCAAAAGCAGAGGAUACGCCAGUGGUAUACCAGCAGCUACAAGCCGCUUUGGCCAAAGAAGCGAAGAAGACUGGAGUAGUAGAGACUCAGUCGACCAUGCUCAUUGCGAGUGAGGUGCUCGACCACCUCGCAGCAGGCUUUGACACUUCAGGAAUAACACUCACCUAUGUUGUCCACGAACUCUCUCAGCACAAAGACAUCCAGUCCCGUCUCCAGCGAGAGCUCCGAACUCUCUCACCACGUCUCAUCCGGCAAUCCUCGCCGACUCUACCGGAUCAAAAGACGAUAGAUAUGCUGCCCUUCCUGCAUGCCGUAAUCUGGGAAACACUACGUCUUCAUUCGGCUAUCCCCGGUCCACAGCCUCGUAUCACUCCUCCACAAGGCUGCCGUCUUGGCCCCGAGGGUCAAUCGUACGAUGUCCCAGGCGGAGUCAGAGUGAGCGCGAGUGCAGGCUUGUUGCAUCUGAACGAACAUGUUUACGAGCAAGCUAUCGAAUGGAGACCCGAACGGUGGUUGGAGAUGGAGAAGUUUGCCGAUGAAAGGAGGAAGGACAUGGAGAGCCGGUGGUUCUGGGCCUUUGGGAGUGGUGGACGGAUGUGCGUUGGAUCGCAUCUCGCAGUAUGUCGUAAGUGUGAAUCAUCUUUUCUUGUCGAAAUCGACCGUAUCGAACGUAAUGCCGCCUCACUUUUCCAAACUCUCGUCGAGAGUGGUAAUUGUUCCCGCAGCAGGUCGGCUAGCCAUGUCUUUGGGUCACCAUCACUCAUCGAUUGGUCUGUCAUCUAUGGUUGA